AUGGACAGGUUCUUACUUCUUCAGUUCUUACUCCUUGUGGUAGCACCAAGCUUAGAGAUUCUCCCUAGCAAACUGAAGGAGUGGGAAAAAUGCUUUACUGACCCCGACUAUGAAGAACUGGUGGAUAUUGCAGAAAAUGGGUUGGAAAAAGGGUGUCGUUCAAAGAAGAUGGUGAUCAUAGGGGCAGGAAUAAGUGGUCUCACUGCUGUCAAACUGUUGCAAGAUGCUGAGUGCAAGGUUCUGAUUCUGGACGCCAGUGAUCACGUGGGAGGACGCAUCAUGACCUAUCACAAUAAGGACAGAAGCUGGUAUGUGGACCUCGGACCCAUGUGUUUGCCCAAAGACCACGGGGUUGUGUGUGAAUUUAUUACCAAAUUUAAACUGAAACUGAACCCAUUCUACAAUACUGACGACAAACCUUGGUAUUUAGUUAGCAACAUCAGGGCAAGAGCUGGAGAGGUAGAAAGAAACCCCGAUGUCUUGCAAUACCCCUUGCACCCUACAGCGAGAGGAAAAUCAGCUAGUGAGCUUUAUUGUCAGACACUGGAUAAGGUGACCACAGACUGCAGUGCUCUGAAAGAGAAAUAUGACUCCUUUUCCACCAAGGAGUAUUUGAUUAAAGAAGGAAAUUUAAGUAGAGGAGCCAUCAACAUGAUCGGUGACUUGCUGAAUGAAGAUGGUGAAUUCCAGAUGUCAUUUCUUCACUCUGUCAUGGACCACGUUACAUUGUCUGAGAAGGGUUAUGAUGAGAUCACUGGGGGAUUCGAUCAGCUUCCCGAUACUUUCUAUCAGUAUAUUCAUGGGGGCAUUCUAUUUCACUCCAUAGUGGUGAAGAUAGUAAACAAGGAUGACCAAGUGAGAGUAUUUUACCAGAGGCCAGAUGCAUUGAUUGCCUUGACUGUGACAUCCGACUACGUUCUUGUCAUGGCCAUGGCAAAAGCCACAUGGCUUAUUCAAUUUUCACCAUUUCUUUUGACUAACAAAGCCCAUGCCCUGGGGUCCAUUCACUACUCAGAAGCCACUAAGAUUGUUUUGGUUACUGAAAAGUUUUGGGAGAAAGAGGGAAUACAGGGUGGGAGGUCAAUCACUAAUUGUCUAUCCAGAUUCAUCUACUACCCCAGCCACAAUUUCUCAGUGAUCCUUGCUUCAUACACCUGGGGCGAUGAUGCUGAAUUGUUCAUUCCCCUCAGUGAUGAAAAGUGUGUUAAUGUGGUGCUGGGGGACCUGGUAGAAAUCCACCAGGUGCCCAAGAAUUAUAUCCAGAGUGUCUGUGAUAAGCAUGUGAUGAAGAAAUGGAGCCUGGACAAAUAUACGAUGGGAUCCUAUGUUUCAUUCACCCCAUACCAGUUUGCCGACUACUCCGAAGCUUUGUUUCAGAAUGAAGGGAGGGUCCAUUUUGCAGAAGAACUUACAGCCCACCCUCAUGCCUGGAUCAAAACCACUAUGAAAUCCGCUGUGAGAGUGGCAAGGAACAUCCACGGCAUUAUCAAUGCAUCACUCAGGCAGCAGCAGCAAGAGCUGAGGAAAAAUAAAAUAUAA